AUGUUUAUUGAUCCUGUUCCUGAUGGUUAUUUGUGUGCAAUUUGUCUUGACGUUCUUCAAGAGCCCACCUUUGUCGAGUGCGUUCAAGAACACGUAUUUUGCAAAAGUUGCAUUUACGAACUUAUUAGAAGCUCGUACAGUCGAUUAACAUCCAGUAACGGCACAAUCUCAUGUCCAACUUGCCGGGAACGUGUAAACACGUCGAAUUUACGAGUUUCAAAGUUUGUCAAACGUUUGGUCGGGAAUUUGAAUGUGCGUUGUGCGAAUCAAGGGUGUGAUUGGGUUGGAUCAUGUAUGGAUCAAGGGAGGCAUGAGACUAUG